AUGAACUCGGCCCAGUAUGGAUACCAACACUAUCCUUCCCCGUCCCAAGCACAGGCCCAGGCACCCCAGCAGCUCUCGCCUCAACUACAGCAACAACAACAACAACAACAGCAGCAGCACACGCCAGACCUAACCUCACCUUCCCAUCAACCACAACAACAACAACAACUUUCUCCUCAACAAUCACCUACUUCUCCCCACCAACAACAAUCGCCUGAACAACAACACUCCUCCCAUAUCAGUCUCGACCAUGCCCUCAGCCCCACCAACAGCAACAAUAAUAGUUCAAACAACAACAGCAACAACCACAACCACAUAGAGCAUCCUUCGCCCAGUCACUCAAACGACGCCCAGUCGCCCGCCCAUGGCGACAAUGACCCACAUAUCAUGUCCAAUGCCGGAGUGCCCUCAUCCAACGGGUUGCAGAGUCCACAGGGUCAUCCUACCUCACUCCUGCCAAUGCCAUCCCCCGCCCUGGCUGCCGCAACCGCCGCCAACACGUCCGCCAACUCGAACCCGACCGGUAAUCGACAGAUGAUUAUCCAGCAGUACCAAAACCAACAACAACACCAGCAACAACACCAACAACACCAGCUUGGUAUGGGUGGCAUGUCAAUGCCAAUGCAAUCCUCGGGCAAUGGCGGUGGAAACCCUGGCGCGAUCAAUACGGCUAUGAUGUCCUUGCAAGGGCCUUCAGCCUACCUCUUGCCCUCUCCCCAGUCGGCCGGAGCCUCAGGACAGCCGCCUCUGCCCAUUCUCCCCCCGCAGAGCCCUGACCUCGAUACGAUUCUGGCAAAGUUUGCCAAUCAGCCCGACCUCCUCAAACUCAUCAUUGCAUCCAAGACAGAGGAAGAUCGUCGCUGGGCAGAGGAGGCCCGCUACCGGAUGAUGGAUCUGAUCAUGAGAGGCGAGAAUCGAGGACUGGGAUUCAUGGUGGGCUACGAAGCCCUCGGUGGAAUUCCUGGCAACAUGCCAGGGAUGAUGGGUAUGACAGCGAAGCGGUUCAUGGAAGAGGGCGGUGGCGGUGGCGGUGGUUAUGGUCAACACGGUAUGUUUAACGGCUUCUCCCCAACCUCUGGCGCCAACCCUGGCAACCCAGGCACCCAAGGAGCAGGAGGACAAGGACAAGGGACGUCAGCACAGGGAUCAGCAGGCAUCCUCGCCAUGGGUGGGUCUUCGUCAGCGGCUGGAACGAGUUCCGCGGGACUUCCGUCCUUGUACGCCCAGACACAGAUGCCGAAUCCCUUUGGCAUGGGUAUGGGAGGGAUAACUCAUGGCUCGCAGUCGAUGAUGGGACAGACCAUGGGCGGCAACCCGUCCGGUUUUGGCCAGUACAUGGACCCGAGCCUGGCACGUAAGCGGUCGGUUACCUUUGCGGGCGAGGUCCAUCAUAUGCGGUCGCAAUCACUCUCGUCUAUCACGCCCAAUUCGGUUGGACAGCUUGGAGGCAUGACGUCCAUGCUUGGGGGCAUGAAUAGCUCCGACGGCUUUGGACAACAACAACAGCAGCAACACCCACAUCAGCAGACAUCAGGACUGCAGAACCCUCAACAGUACCAAUACCCGGGACAACAACAACACCAACAGGCGAUGCAUUACCACCAGUCAUCCCCACCACCCCCACCACAGUUUGCCAGCAACAACCCUUAUUCCCACCAGUCGUUUGGAUCUCAGAAUACACUGCCUAGUCUCCACCACCAUGGUGUCAUCCGGAGGACCAAUUCACUCUCGCACAUCGGCCAAACUCAGACCACCGUAACAGAGCAGCGUCUUGUCGCAGGACGGCCCAGGAACGAAAGCUCUGCCUCUAUGAGGACCAUGGACGAUAGUGAUGCAGAGUCGGAGGACGAUUAUGAGAACCACCCCGUCACAGGUAUGGGCAUGUCGAGUCGACCUGGAUCUGCACUAAGCAUGCACAACAACGUUGGAGGUAAUGGCGAGACGUCACUCACCCUCGAGUUUUCGGAUAUGGCGUCCGUUUCUGGUAACAAUGGUUCUCAACAUGACCAUUCCGGCAGCACAACUACGACUACAACAACAAAAGGGCAUCACCGGACUUCUUCUUCUAUAUCCUCCAUGGGGGGCGUUCAGGACUCGGGCGCAGGAUCAGAGUACAAGAGGAAACGAAAGCGCCGUGAGAUGCAGCCUGUGAACAAGAUUGUCGACUCGCCCGAGCCGCAUAUCGAUCCUUACCUGUGGAAGAAUAACGGUAACACGACGCAGAAGAAGACUGGAUGCAAGAGUAUUUAUUACAAGUGUUCUAACAGCACCGCCGGAUGCACUGUGAACAAGACGGUGACGGAGAAGGAAGGCGGUGGAUAUUUGACAAAGUACAGAGGCGAACAUUUGGAGGACUGCAUCCGGCUCAAGAAGGCUCAGCAGGCCGCUCAGGCAGCCCAAGCAGCAGCAGCCCAGAACGGACACCACCACCAUCACCAUCCACACGGACACAUGUCAAUAAAGGAGCAAUGA